CCAAUAGUAUUUCAAUUUCCUGGAAGCUAAUUACAGGUCUGCUAAUUUUUCUACCUUCCCCUGAGAAUCAAUCGGCGAUCGCGUGCUACUCCGGCGACUCUGAUUUUCAUCCCUUCGCAGAUGAUAUAACGAUAGUUCCAUAAACGUCAAUCCAUCGGAAGAAGGCACGAUUGAGUUUACAAGCUCAAGAUAUGGCUUCCGAAAUCGAAAUCGUAUCCGACUUCAGAGAUCAGAAGAGCCCUACUGGUGAACCAAACCCUAACCGAACAGUCGUCGUCGAUGUGCACUCCGCUUCUGCAGCCGGAGACCUCCAGAAGCUCCGGGAGUUCGUUGAGAACGACGACGUUUCUCCGGCUCUCCCGGAUCCAAAUGGCUACUACCCUCUUCAGUGGGCUGCUCUCAACAACUUCCCCGAUGCUAUGCAGUACAUAAUUGAGCAUGGAGGCAAUGUGCAUGCUAAGGAUCAUACCGGGCAGACUGCUUUGCAUUGGUCAGCUGUUCGUGGUUCGAUUGCAUCUGCAGAUGUAUUGAUGUUGAAUGGGGCACAGGUAGAGGCAGCUGAUUCCAAUGGCUAUCGGGCAGUUCAUAUAGCUGCACAGCGUGGACAAACAGCUUUUCUUAAUCACAUAGUCACAAAGUAUCGUGCUGACAUGGAUGCCCCUGAUAAUGAUGGAAGAAGCCCUCUUCAUUGGGCCGCAUAUAUGGGAUUUACUGAAACCAUUCACUUAUUGCUGUUCAGGAAUGCCUACCAAGGCAGACAAGAUAAAGAUGGAUGCACUCCUUUGCAUUGGGCUGCAUUAAUAGGAAAUGCAGAUGCAUGCAAUUUACUUGUAUAUGCUGGCACAAGGCAGGAAUUGAUGAUAAAAGAUAGAGAUGGACACACACCUGCAAAACUUGCAUCCGACAAAGGUUAUCGGCAAAUCGUUCUAUUGCUUAAUAAGGCAGAGCAUGCACAGAGCCCGCGAUGGAACCACAAAUUUUGUUCAGGAAUAGGAUGGGAUUAUGGCUGGGCCCCCGUGUUGUUCAGUAUAAUUGUUAUCAAUGCCAUUCUUUUCAUCAGUUCUGUUCUUUUUGCCCAUAAUCUUCCAAAGCCUACUGCGGUUGUUGCACUUUGGGGAUGGAUUGGUGUUUCCAUGGCAAUUGCAUCUCUCUUAAUGCUUGUUCGGUGUAGUAGUAAAGAUCCAGGUUAUCUUAAGACUGGGACCAGUAAACAUUCUGAUUCAGAAGAUCCUUUGUUGAGCAUUGAUCUGAAUAGUUCAUCUGUUUGGACUGGGAAUUGGUCUCAACUUUGCCCAGCCUGCAAGAUAAUUAGGCCUCUGCGCGCCAAACACUGCAAAACAUGCAACCGCUGUGUGGAACAGUUUGACCAUCACUGCCCUUGGAUAUCAAAUUGUGUGGGAAAGAGGAAUAGGCGAGACUUCAUCAUUUUCCUUUGCAUGGGUAUGUUGACAUCGCUUAUCGGGGCCAUUGUUGCAGUGCAUAGAAUCUGGAUGUCGUUACCUGUAUUAGGAGAAGAUGAUGGAACAUGGGUGCGCCUUGUUGUGUUUGAUCAUCCUUGUGUCCUUGCUUUCCUUUUUAUGGAUCUGGUUAUUCUCCUUGGAACGUUUACUUUGUUCAUUGUUCAAGCAUUUCAGGUUGCACAAAAUAUAACAACGAACGAAUAUGCCAAUGCUCGCCGGUACGAAUAUCUCCGUGGUCCUGAUGGGCGCUUCCACAACCCCUAUAACCACGGGUGUCCCAAGAAUUGCCUAAGUUUCAUAACCCAUGGCUUCCCGGACGAUGACAAGGUUGCCUGGCCACCGUUGCCACAUCUUGUCCAGAAGACACACCUAUGACUCUCUAGUUAGAAGAAGAUACAAUUGGUAAACGCCGCAUCUCGCAUGGGGCUUGUGUUGUUGUUGUUGUGUGUACAAUAUAGAUUUUUCUUGCUUGCUUCCACUCUGUCUACCUUUGGACAGAAAUACCCACAUUGCAUUACAGAUUUACAGUGCAACUUAUAAGAACCUUUUUUUUCUUCUCUUGAUGCCUUAAUAAUUACAGUACUAUAAU